ACGGGCCACACAAUUAUCAAUCUUCAAGUUGCGCGUCUCGUUCCAGAAUCUUUAAACCAAGCAAGCCACUCACUUCAACAAGAUUUCUUGAGGAUGACUUCUCAAACUUCCACGAUAUAUGCAGAACUUCUGUCGAAUAUCAGACAAAUUUCUGUUACUGUAUCGCUAUUAACAUCAGUCGAUUCUUCAACAAAAGCAGAAAUCUCACCGGAUGGCCGGCAACUCAGCGUAACACACCACGGCCACACAGAGCACGUCACUUUGCCGGCACAAACAUCUGCCAUAGGCUCAUUACCCGUAGCCCAGAUUGGUCGUUCAAGUCUAUCAUGGAGGCUUCCAGUCUCACCAACAGAAGCGAGGCCCUCUCGUUUCUCUUUAGAAAGCCAAGCGUUGCCAUGGACAUCAGUCGAUAUCACAACUGGAUCAUCGGUAGCCUGCCGCAGCUGUGGAAGCGAGAUCCUGAGUCUUUGGCCACCAAAGGCUACGGUGCCAAUCAUGCUAUAUCCGCCCAACAGGGAGUUGGCUUUGUCGACCUGACAUCAUUCCUAUUCUCGGAGUCCGACUGCCGAGGCCUGCAAUAUUCUUCCUCAACACCGGAUGCUGGGUUCGAUCUAUCUUCGUUGGCGCUCAAUGACGACGAGAGCAGGAAGUUUUUACACAUAUUUUGCCGGGAAUGCACGACAGAAGUAGGCUUGUACAAUAUCGCGGCAUUGUCUGUCACACUGUUCAAAUGGAAAAUCACUUGCCAAACCAAGACCGCAGAUCCUAGCCCAAGCAGUUCCGAGUGUCUUGCAGCAACUCUGCUGGCUACGAUUUCGAGGUCGGGGUCAUCCAAGUCUAUUAUCACGCCGCAUACUUCUGAGAUUGCAAAAUCCGAAGCAGUUUCUCAUAAGUACCUUCAUCUCUGGGUGUUGAACCCCAAUGUCGUAUAUACAGCGUCCUCUACCGCUGACCGCAAGACGGCGAUAAAGAUACUCUACAAGCAUAUCGAUCCAGUAGAGAGUGAGAAGCUUAUCACGUCCAUGACCUCAGAUGUCCAGGAGAUAAGUCUGCCCGAGGAGGCUAUCAAAGCAGCAGAUAAUUGCUUGUUAUGGAGCAGUGAAUUACUACCCGUUCAAGAAAGGACUUUCAAGGAGUGGCAAGUGGGACUGCUUGAGAGAUGGGAACCUGCGUCUUGAUGAUAGAUAAUCAAUAUAUCUUGACUUUGAAUAUCAA